AUGGCCAAUUCGGGGCUGCAGUUGCUGGGCUUUUCUAUGGCCCUAAUUGGCUGGGUGGGCCUGUUGGCGUCCACUGCCAUCCCGAAGUGGCAGAUGAGCUCGUAUGCAGGCGACAAUAUCAUCACGUCCCAAGCCAUAUACAAGGGGCUAUGGAUGGAGUGCGUCACACAGAGCACGGGUUUGAUAAGUUGCAAAAUAUACGACUCGGUGCUCGCCCUGCCGGUACCCUUGCAGGCCACUCGAGCCCUAAUGGUGGUAUCCUUGGUGCUGGGCUGCAUGGCCAUGAUCGUGGCCACGAUGGGAAUGAAGUGUACAAACUGUGGGGGAGAUAACAAAACGAAAAAGGCCCGUAUAGCCAUGACCGGAGGUAUCAUUUUCAUCGUUGCUGGUUUGAGUUUGGUCCUGCCAUCUUUAUUGGCUGGGCAGGGUCAGCGCUGGUCAUCCUGGGAGGUGCACUGCUAUCAUGCUCCUGUCCUGGGAGUGAGAACAAGGCUGGAUACCGGGCGCCCCGCUCCUACCCUAAGCCCAAUUCUGCCAAGGAAUACGUGUGAGCUGGGACCCCUUUGUGCCUGCCUGGUGCUUAUGUGUGUCCAGGCAACUGAAAGGACCCAGGGUAGAGAUCUCAGCGUGGAGGCAAGCUGUGGAGUGACUGGCAGCCUCAUCACGCCAACCUUGCACAUCAUGUACAGUUGGUGGGAAGACAAAAGGAGGGGAGGGUGUGUUUUUUGUAUAGUAAUAAAAAGUGUGUUUUGGAAAGUUGGCUUUGCCCCCUUGAGGGUUUCUGCUUUCUUCUCAGAUCCUUGCAGGGAGCCUGGACUCUUUAGUAUACCUAGUCAGUUAAAAAAAACACUGAUGGAGCACUGAUGGUGUGACUGUCCAUGCGUGCGUCCCA